AUGGACGAUUUAUUAAAUUCAAAACACACUACACCAUCAGGGAACCAGGAUGGUGAAAAAGGCGUUAACUCUGGAACAAAAAACCAAACAACAGGUAGUAUGUCAUAUAAUUGGGAAGGUGAACAUGAUCCAUCGGUGAGACGCUCGUCUUUGCCCAGGACGCCGACAAAAAAGGCCAAAAGUACAAUUUCAGCAGGGACCAAAAACCCUUUCGGGGAAAUAACCCUGCCUAUAAGCCUGGAGGUGGAAAAUACGCCAAAAAGCGUAAACACAGAGAGACUGGAGAAAUUCUUUACCCCAAUGGGAAGUUCGGAAAACGUUCAGAAGAACGAUAUAGAGGAGCCAGUUUCAGUUGGAGAGACGGAGGACGAAGAUUGGCAAGACGAAGAGCUAGAGACGAGCGAAAUAUACAAUCUAUCAGGGGUGACACUAGAGGACAUGGAGGACUCGGAACCAGUAUUCCCAGCAAAAUCAAAGGAAACACAUAUACAAGCACAGUCGGAGGAAAAAGGUAGUAACAAAAAAAGGCAAAGAGAACAUAGCGACGAGAAAACGGGAGAACAAGAAAUCGCGGAAAUAAAAGAAUCAAUCGACAGGGUCAUGAAAACGUCCAAAGCCCUUGCUAAACUGGUAGGAAAAAAUACCAGAAUCGAAAUUAAACACGCUAUUUCUAAAUUGAAAAGAGAGGUGGAGAUGGCCAGCUGGACAUUCAAUGCAUGGAAUGACUCAGUAAAAACAAAAAAGAGGGCGAUCACAAACAUAAGUGGGACAAAAAUAUCUACUAAAGAUACAGAUACCCAGGUGAAUCCAGAAACGGCUACAGUUGGAACACAGACAGAAACAGAAGAAUACCAAAGGACGAUCCAGGAUAGAGAAAGUCUGAUUGCCCAAAUAGGAGAUAAGGAAAACAGCCUAGAGGACAUUGAGGGGAUCAUAGACCAAAAAUGGAACAGGGAAGCAUAUAUGAAUACGGCAGUGAUAGAAGGAAAUCCUGAGGUCCCGGAAGAAGACGAAAACUUGGUCGUCAUCUUCGACCCAGAAAGUGAUAAACAAAACCUUAAUAUGGCGGCAAACAGGGAGAUAGGGACAAUCAUAAAAGGAAAGAUGGUGGAAAAAGGCGGCACGGCAUGCCUGAAAAAACAAAAAAAAUUAGAAAUAGAGGGAAGUGACAACGUAAUCGAGGAAAGGUGCAUACUUUUAGUCAAGGGAGACAUCACGGAAGGGGCGGAUAGAGCCUUCUUGAAAUGCUGUCACAAACUAAAGGAAGUGAUGGGUAGAAAGAGCAUCAAGAAAACCAAAAUGGUUAGCGACACCGAAUUUCUUACUGAUAAAUCCAGAAAGAUAGUUGAAAUCGUCUUUGCGGACACAGAAAUUAAAAUAGAUAUGUACGAUAUGGGCAGGAGAAAGCCAAGAACACAAGGAAAAGAGGAGGGAUGGAAGGUCGCAAAAAGGCCACCUAAGAAACAGUACGACACCCAGGCUCUGAUUAUCCAAGCCAAAGGAAAGAGUUAUGCAGACCUCCUUAAGGAAGUACGAGGAAAGAUCAAGCCGGAAGAGGUAGGGGAUGCUGUCAGGGAUCUUAAAAAAACAAGAAAUGGAGAUUUACUGAUUACCCUUAAAAAGGAAAAGGACCUUAACGAAUUUAAAAACAUAAUCACCACCAAGAUCGAAGGAGAUCAGGUCAAAAACGCGGGCGAUAAUAGAGUAGUACUCUAUGUACAAGACUUAGACGCGAUAACGACCAAGGAGGAGGUGUCAGCGGCCAUUAAAGAUAUAGCAGCGGGGGCCGAAGUAGAAAUUAAACAUAUGAGGGAAACGCCAGGGGGAAGACAAACCGCUCUGGUGUUGAUGGAUGAAACGGGGGCCAAAAAAGUGACUGAGCAAGGCAGUGUCAAAAUUGGUUGGACAAGCUGUCGAAUAAGAGAAAAGAUCGUAUUCGAGAAGUGCUACAGGUGCUGGAAACUGGGACACAAAGGCGCAGAGUGCAAGGGGCCUAGCAGGGAUGAUAGAUGCAGGAAAUGUGGCGGAGAAGGGCACAUAAUGAGAAACUGUGAAAACCACGUCCCCUACUGCUGGACAUGCGAGGAGCCGGGGCAUACCAACACAAGAUGCCCCAGGUACCAGAAGGCUCUAAGGGAAGAAAUAAGGAGAGCCAAUUCACAUACCUCAAGAUAA